ACAGCCUCACCCGCGUGCACCAUCAGUACCGCGUCAACGUUGACUCAUACGGACGACCUGCGGCUGCAGACUACGGCAUCCAAUCUCACUAAAAAAUAAACCGGCGGGAGCCUAGCGAUUCAUGCCUUUAACAAAGGUCUCAUUCCUCGUCGUUCGUUCUGCUGCUCAAUACAUCCGGCCCUAUCCACUUCAACACGGCCUCACCAUCCCACGCUCAGCCGUCAGAGGAUAUCAUCGCCAUAUCAUCCGUUCAUCGCCAACGCGCCGAGUAUCUGAUUUGACCUGCGCCGCAGAAGUCCCUUUCACGAGAAAUAUGUCCACCAUGGGUUCGGGCGGAUCAAUUUUACAAGGCACCAGUGCUACAAACGUGCCACGUCCGUUGGAGAUUCGGUUGACAGACCAGGAGGCCGAAAUCUGCAAAGCCUUGGACAGUGUCGCCAGAAAACAUGAGGAGCAGGGGGGCAAGAAGGUGCAGCUCCGAAUCGCAGGUGGUUGGGUUCGCGACAAGCUGCUGGGACUCUCCUGCCACGACCUGGAUAUCGGAAUCGACACUAUGAUGGGCUACGACUUUGCAUUACUGGUCAACGAAUACAUGGAAUCCCUAGGUCAUGGGAAACGCACAAUUGCCAAGAUUGCCACCAAUCCUGAAAAGUCAAAGCACCUGGAGACUGCGACUAUGGUUGUACUCGGAAUGCCAUUGGAUUUUGUGAACUUACGCUCCGAGGUCUAUGAUGAUGCUAGCCGUAUCCCCACUGGAAUUACCUUUGGGACGCCUUCCGAGGACGCAUAUCGACGCGACAUUACCAUCAACGCGCUGUUUUACAACAUUCACACACACACUGUCGAGGAUUUUACUGGAAAGGGUCUAGAAGACCUGAAGAACGGACUCAUCAGAACCCCUCUGGAGGCAUUUGAGACAUUUUGGCAGGAUCCCCUUCGAGUCAUGCGGUGCAUUCGAUUUGCGUCCAGGUUCCAGUUCCGGAUCGCUGAGGAUGCCAAGCAAGCGAUUCUCGAUGCGCGGAUCAAACAUGCGCUGAGGACAAAGAUUUCCAAGGAACGAAUAGGCGCGGAGCUGGACAAGAUGAUCGACGAUGGAGCCGGCCGAAGCACAGCUAUCCAGCUGCUGCAUGAGCUUGAUCUGUAUGAUGUUGUUUUUGCCCCCCCUGAAGUCGAUGGCAACCCAAAGGGUACUACAGCAGUGAAUGGAGAGAUCAGGGAUAUCGAGGACGCCUUCAAAUUGGUGUGGAUUAUGGAGUGGCUACUCAAGAUCAACCCUGCCCCUGCCAGCCAGGAUGACCUUGAGGGACGGAUUUUCCAGGCUGAGAUCGAUCAUGGACUGGAAGCACUGUUGUCACGGACGCGUGGAUCACCGUUCACUUCUCAUUUGUAUCCUGUCAUCACCACAGCACCUACGCCAAACAUUGCACAAAUUGUUCCAAAGGACGAACCAUUCCCCGAAAAACUCGGCACGCGCAAUCUGAUCUUGUCAGGAAUGUUGUACCCGUACCGCAACAUGUCGGCCACUGUCAACAAGAAGAGCAUGCCAGCGGGAUCGUGGAUCCUUCGCUACGCUCUCAAGGGCAGGAAUCUGGAUAUCGAAAAUGUCACCAAGUUGAUGGAGAGUCUGGAAGCUGUGAAGAGUAUUGUGAACACCGUCACACAAAAUCCAGCUGUGGAUGAGAAAAGUAUUGAGGCGGAGCGAGCGAAUAUGGGCAUGGUUAUUAGGGAGAUUGCAUCUUCUUCUGUCCUUGGAAAGAAGUGGCCUUGCGCCUUCUUGUUAGCCAUGGGAGUGGAUCUACUUCCAAUGUACAAGUCAUUACGGAAAGGAAUCCUAGAUGGUGAUGCCAAGGCACAGAUUGCAAAGUACAAUGCCUUCCUCUCCAGAGCUGAAUCAUACCAAAUCGAGCAUUGCUUUGCAUGGAAGUACCUGGUGGAUGGCAAAGAAUUGACCCAAUUGCUCAAGAUCAAGCCUGGUCCUAAGGUCAAUGAUCUUCUCCGUCAUGUCAUGAUCUGGCAACUUAUGCACCCACGGUCCUCAAAGGAGGAAUGCCAGAAGUGGAUCCUCGAGCACUCAGAGCAAUUUGCAUAGAAAAACCUCAUUCCUGCAAAAUAAAAAAAAAAAGGAGGAUAUGCAAAAAAGCCA